AGAGAUGUUUACGAUUUAGAGUAGAAGCACAGAGCAAUUAGCAGGUUUAAUAAACAGAACCACAGAUUAUACAACACUAAACAUAAAAAAAUGUUACCUGGUACAAAAAAGCUACAAAAUCUAAUACAUUUGCUCCCGAUCAUCAACAAUAAGCAGUAAAAAAAAAAUUAAUUAGGCAAUGAUACUAUCCUAACAGAGAGUUGGGUGGAGGAAUAAAUAUGUCGAAAGGUUAUUUGUAAUCAACAAUACACUCAAUUUCUGUUUGCUAACUCGAGUUCAAUUCGAGUUGACAACUUUACAUUAUAUGUAUGUAUAUAUAUGUAUAGUAAUAUUAAACAUGAUAAAAUACAUAUACCAAAAGAAAAAGAGUGGCUUGUUUAUGGUUUUAGCUAUGUAUGGAGAGUAGCUGUAAUAUAUAUAUACACAUACAUAGAGGUAGCUCUAUAUAUAUAUGAAUUCUACUGAAUUCGAUUUAAUAGAAUUUAUAAAAUUAAACUGUUAGAUGGAACUAUAUGAUACAUUACUAUGGUUUACUUGGUAGGUAUUUUAAUAAAUAAAAAAAGAUUUUAUUUACAUAAUUUAUAAUUUUUGUUUAUACAUAGCGGUUGUUUAAACGGUAUCGUCACUAGCAUAAGUUAUUUUUCCAGAUAGAAUUUUAUGAAUACUGUAAAAAAGAAGAAAUUAAUUUGUUUUUUGUUUUUUAAAAGGAUGUCACAAAAGCUGUCUAAAUAUAAUAGUUGUUCUGUAAAGACGUAAAAUUCUUUUAUUCCAAUUUUCCUCGUAAAACCCUUCAGGUUAUGGGCUAUCAGAGCAAAUAAUAAGUAAAAAUAAAUAAUAUAGAAAUAAAAAUAGUGUAGAACAACAGUAGGUAAAAAUAUUAAAAUGGCAGUCGCAACGGCUGAAGAAAUUCACCGAAUUUGUCUUUUGGACGAUGUCACUUCCUUUCAGCUAUGGAAAUUUGAAAUAAAAAUUCUUCUCGAAGCAAAAGGUCUAUUACAAUAUAUUGAUAAUGCAGACAAUACUGAGGAAAAAAUACAAACAGGUAAAGACGCUAUGACAAAACAUAUUAUUCUGCAAAGUGUAUCAAAAAAGCAUAAAACUCAAUUGUUCCAAUGCACAACUGCAUACGAAAUAUUUAAUUGUGAUGUUUUUGAAGGCACAGAGGAACGAAAAAAAAUGAAUUUGCUUCAAGAUUUUUACAACUAUAAAUUUGAAAAUGACAUAUCCAUGGAUGAAAAUUUUACAAAGCUUGAAAAUUUAAUACAUAGACUGACACAAUUAAAAAUGCCAUUUGAUGAUGCAAUGAUAGAAUCUAAAAUACUAAACAUUCUUUCAAAUAUAGACAACUACCAAUCUUUUGUAACAGCUUGGGAAAGUACUCCUAAAGAAGAAAGAACGCUAAAGAACUUAAGAAUAAGAUUAGUAAAAGAAGAAAAAAGAAAAAAUGAGAAUAUACAAUCAGUGGCCCUAGCUGCUGAAAAUAAAGGUAGAAUGCGUAAAAAUACAGAGAUUGUUAAAAACGGUGGUACCGUAUUAUUUGAUAGACAUGGCGUAGAAAUUCGGAGCAGUGGUAAAAUAAUAGCUGGUAAAAAAGAAGAUUCCGGCUUAUUUGUAGUAAAACUGGAUAAACAAAUAAAAUUUGAAGAACAGGCAUACUUGUCUAAUGAAGAAAAUGAAAACUCAGCUGAAAGUUGGCAUAGAAAAUUAGGACACCCAGAAGCAGAACGAGAAUCCAAUUUAAAAGUUGUUACAAUUCGUUGUGACAAUGAUGGUGAAUAUACUUCACACAAUUUUAAAAGUUAUUGCAUUAAAAAGGGAAUAAAAUUAGACUACUCUGUACCAUACUGCCCACAAUUAAACGGAAAAGUCGAACAUCUAAACAGAACUAUACACGAAAAGAUUCGUUCUUUGCUAUACAUGUCUGAAAUGAAAAAGGAAAUGUGGGGUGAAGCUCUUUAUUGCAGUGUAUAUCUGCUGAAUCGAUUACCAAGUGAAUCAAUAAAUAAUAAAACACCUUUUGAACUAUGGUAUGGAAGGUUACCAAAUCUUUCGAAUGUUAGAGAAUUUGGGUGUGAUGCGUUUGCAAAGAUAUUGCCACCUAGUAAGAAAUUGGAUGCUAGAGCAGUAAAAUAUAGAAUGAUAGGAUAUACAAAUAAUGGAUACAGACUUCAACCAGAAGAAAGUCUGGAACACAGGACAAGAAAGCUACCAGAAAAAUAUAAAGACUAUGUUUUGCUAACCUACGAAGAAGUAUUAAAAAGUCCUGAAAAAGAGAAGUGGGAAAGGGCAAUCGAAAGUGAACUAAAUUCUUUAGAAGAAAAUAAUGUUUGGAAAAUAGUAGAUCAAUCUGAAUCAUAUGGUCAUAAAACAUUAACUAAUAAAUGGGUAUUCAGAAUUAAAGAAGAUGGUAAAUACAAAACAAGAUUAGUCGUAAGAGGUAAUGAACAACAAGACGUAAACUACGACGAUAUAUUUAGUCCAGUUGCAUCGUAG